AUGGCGACGCAACCUCGCGUCGUCGCGACUUUCAGUAGUGCAAAGAUGCCUAAAUCUCGCCCAUCGUUCAAUCGCUGUCUGGCGAACCUAUUUAUGGCUCCUCCCUCCCUCCUUACGCAUCUCCGGACAAUUCAGUGCGCCCUCUUACAGUCUGAAAGCCAAAUAAAUCCCUGCCCCGUCUUCAUAUCUACUCUUCGAUUCAUUAUGAAUGGGACCAAACGAAAGAGCCCCGAUGGGGUGGACAUCUCGCCGCCCCCUAUCAAACGCAAAGCGAUAGGAACAGCGACCUCUGCGGCCAACUUCUUCACCCCAUUAUCACAAAAGAAACCGGAGCAAGUCACAUGGAGGACCGUGAGGAACAGCUGCAUUAUUGGCAAAUAUCACCAAGAGCUGUCUCGGGAAGCGGUUAAAUCCGGCGUGAAACGACAUAUUGCUGCCUUUGACCUCGACUCAACUCUGAUCGCAACUAAAUCCGGGAGGCGAUUUGCGACAAACCAGCAUGAUUGGAAAUGGUGGAGCCCGACUGUACCUGGCAAGUUAAAAGAACUGAACGAUAAAGGGUAUCUGGUUGUCGUUAUAUCGAAUCAGAAAGCCAUAAGCUUGAAAAAGGACUUGAAAGGUGGCAGUUUGGAGUCCAAGAGCUUGUCUAUAUUCAAACAAAAGGUUACCGCAGUCAUGCAAACCUUGGGCGUGCCAUCCAGCAUUUAUGCUGCCACGGAGAAUGAUGAGUUUAGAAAGCCGCGCAUGGGAAUGUGGAGUGAGAUGCUUGACGACUAUGAUCUAGACGUUGCUGGCUCAUUAGAUCUUGAACAAUCCGUAUUUGUUGGAGAUGCGGCAGGACGCGAGGGUGACCAUUCCUGUGUGGAUCGAGAUUUUGCAGCGAACGUCGGAAUUCCGUUCAAAACACCUGAAGAAUUCUUCCUCAAUGAGGCUCCAAAGCCAAUUUCGAGAGCAUUUGAUCCAAAGGCAUAUAUUGUUGGCUCAUCGGAAGCUGAACCAAAUAUAACUUUCUCAAAAAGGAAUGAUACCGAACUUGUCAUAUUUUGUGGGAGCCCGGGAUCGGGAAAAUCAACCUUCUACUGGAAAUACUUAGAGCCCCUUGGUUAUGAGAGAGUGAACCAGGACACCUUGAAGAGCCGCCCUAAAUGCCUCAAAGUUGCAAAAGAAUAUUUACAGGCUGGGAAGUCUGUGGCUGUCGACAAUACAAAUGCAGGCACAGAAACUCGUGCGUUCUGGACCGAGCUUGCAAAGGAGGUUAACGUUCCCAUCCGGUGCAUAUAUCUCUCCACCCCACCACAGAUCUGCAAACACAACGAUGCGGUGCGCGCAGCUAAUCCUAAGAUCGAAUCGUUAAAUCCCGAAUCGCGCUCCUCACUGCCUGGAAUCGCGUUUGGUGAUUUCCAGCGCCGUUUUCAAGAGCCAACGCUCUCUGAAGGCUUUCAGGACAUCACUCACGUCGAGUUCAAAUUCCAAGGAACUCCUGAUACAAAGGAGGUUUGGGGUCAGUACUGGGUCUGA